AUGGAACCGGCCUCAGUCAUCAGCUGCGAUCUCUGCUGCGCUUACAUGUUCUCCUUUGGUUUUUUCCUGCAGGACAUUUCGACCAAUACCAACCUCUUAAAAGGUCCACCAUAUCCCUCUGGUCCCAGUACAGGUGGCUCGAAAAGCAAGAUAGCCAGCUCAGCUUAA